AUGAGCUUUCUGAAAUUCCUCUUCGUCACUGUCCUCGCUCUUGCCACGGCGAUCGCAGCUCCUAGCCCGCACAUCGGCAUGGUAAACAACGACGAUGUCCGUGAUGUCGGCGCGGUUUACUCUCAGCCGGGGUACGCUUCGAAGCCCGAGUUUCUCCUCAUGGACAAGAAGAUCCCUAAGUGCAAUCCGCUUGACGAUAACAAUAUCUGGUCUAUCAUGAUAUGCGUCGAAUCCAUCGAGUGCGACUUCUGGAAAGACACUGGCUGCGGAUCGACAUCAGGUGAGCAAGCCGUCUUCACGGUCGGCUGCGGCGAUGUCCAUGAUGUCCCUCCUGCUCUAGCUAGCAAAUACGGUUCCUACACCUGCCAUUCUGUUGAUCCAAACGCUCCCGGAUUUCACGGCGCUGUUAAGCUCGAGACUACCCCUCACGACCCCAACAACGACCUUUCAGGUCAGGUAUGA